AUGUCCAGCCCCGGCAGCCAGGCGCCGGGCUCGACCUCGCGGCCGGAGUCGCCAUCUGAUCCCGACCCUGGCCAUGGGGGGCAGCAGCGACGGGAGCAGCCGCAGACGGCCGAACGCUUGCCCGCCGCCGGCGCCCUCGUCCUGGAGGCGAUCUUGCUCAAGCGCCAGCAGCUAUACCAAACGGUUCUCAAGGCGUUGGAAGGCAGAGGGUCAGCCGAUGAGCACUACACCAGAGUGCUGAUGGGGAUCCAGGAGCUCCUUGAAGCUGAAGACGUGGCCAGUGUUGCCGAGGAAGAUGCCUGGAUGAGGAACAAACUCAGAAGCUUUCAACUGAGCGUGAAGUGA